ACGGAUCACCCGACCCCCAGAAUAUCUCUCUCUUUCAGCGUUUAGGGCUAGGGUUUACAGAUCACUCUCCUGAUCUCGGACGCCCUUAUCCACAGUAGGGCUUAAACUAUUCAGCUUAGGGUUAGGGUUUCUUCUUCUUAUCCUUCUUCUUACACCAUGAUGCAGCCGGCUCCAGGCGUUGUCCCACCUUCGAUGCAACCGGCACCUAUGGAUCAGCAGCAGCCGCCGCAGUACCAGCAGCCCCCGCCACAGCAGCAGUGGAUGAUGAUGCCGCCUCCGCAGCAGCAGCAACAGACGCAGCCCCCGCCGGCUUGGGCGCAACAGGCGCCAGUUCCGCCGCCCCAGGCCCAGCCCCAGAUGGCGCCGCCACCCCAGCAGCAGCAGUAUGUGGCCGCGCCGCAGGCGAGCAAUCCCGAAGAGAUUCGGUCGCUGUGGAUCGGAGAUUUGCAGCCGUGGAUGGAAGAGAACUAUCUGUGGGGAUGUUUCUCUCAGACCGGAGAGGUGGUUUCAGUGAAGGUUAUCCGAAAUAAGCAAACUGGCCAAUGUGAGGGCUAUGGCUUUAUUGAAUUGGCUACUCGUGCCGCAGCCGAAAGGAUUCUGCAGACUUACAAUGGCACAUUGAUGCCAAAUUCUGAACAGAACUUCCGACUGAACUGGGCCACUCUUGGUGCUGGUGAGAGACGUGCAGAUGACACUCCUGACUAUACUAUCUUUGUUGGAGAUUUGGCUUCUGAUGUGACAGAUUACGUGUUACAAGAAACAUUCAGAGGCCACUAUCCAUCGGUUAAGGGUGCAAAGGUGGUCACUGAUAGGACCACUGGGCGUUCUAAGGGUUACGGGUUUGUGAGGUUUGGAGAUGAAGGUGAACAACUGCGUGCGAUGAAUGAAAUGAAUGGAAUGUUCUGUUCAACCAGACCCAUGCGAAUUGGCCCUGCUGCUACCAAGAAACCUGUUGGUGGUCAGCAAUUCCAGAAAGCUUCUUUUCAGAAUACUCAAGGAAAUCAGGGUGAGAGUGAUCCAAAUAACACAACAAUAUUUGUUGGUGGUUUGGACUCCAAUGUUACUGAUGACUAUUUGAGACAAGUGUUUAGCCAAUAUGGUGAAUUGGUUCAUGUGAAAAUACCAGUAGGCAAGCGCUGUGGGUUUGUUCAAUUCGCUAAUAGAGCUUGUGCUGAGCAAGCUUUAGCUGGGUUAAAUGGUACUCAAUUAGGAGCACAGAGUAUUCGUCUUUCAUGGGGGCGUAGUCCUUCGAACAAACAGGCCCAGCCAGAUCAGGCCCAGUGGAAUGGUGGAUAUUAUGGAUAUGCUCAAGGAUAUGAGGCAUAUGGGUAUGCGCCACCUCCUCAAGACCCUAACAUGUACUAUGGAGCCUAUCCUGGAUAUGGAAAUUACCAGCAGCCACAGCAAGUAAGACCAUGUUAUAUAAGCUUCAGCUCCUUGUUUCUUAAGUAGCUCUUUUUUUUAUAACAUUACCAGCUUGCUGAGGGUGUUUUGACUACUUGUGGAACAUGUGAUGCCUUCAUCAAACCUUGUUGAGUUCAAUGUUUUCUUUCAUUUAAAAUAGAUGGAUAUUCUGAAGUUCAGAAAAUAGGCUGCCUGAUAAUAAGUUCACCCAUAUUUUUACGCCUAGAAAAAGGGUUGUCUAUGUUUUGACAUGGAAUCAAGUUAUCACUGGAAGUAUGGUCACUGAACAUCUUGUUUUGCCUGGUUCAGGGAAAAGCUUCUAUGCUUAUAAAGCUAGAAUCCCCAGUACUCUCUCAUUCUGCCUGGUUGGAUGAGAAGUUCUUAUGCCUCUAAAGCUGGCAGUCAUGGUUUAUGGCCAUCACCUUCAUCUCGAUUUCAAAAAACUAUAAAAAUUAUCUGAACUGCUCUCUCUCAUCUGAUUUCACUGGGCAACUUCUGGAAUAUUGGCCUAAUGCCAAUCUUUCAUUGAUUGGUUUAUGUUCAAAAUUUCAAAUUUCAACUCCUUAAUAGUUGGCUGGAAGUUAAAUGCUAGUUGUAGGACACUGGAUGCUACAUGUUUGUUGGUGGGGCCUGACUUACGAAAAAUAUUAUGUACUCAUCGUUUUUUUUCCCCUUCUAAUUUAUAUUUAUUUCUCCUGGCAUUCAUGAUGUAAUUGUUUUUGGAUAAAUGCAGUGAUCUGUUGCUGAUGAAGUGGAGAGGUCUUGAUGGCUGGGUUUAAUGGGUUCCACUCUUUAGUGGGGUAGUGGCUUUGUUCGGAUGUUGAAACUGGGUGUAAUAUGAUGGUGAUCGAUUCUGGGAUCAGCUUUGCUUAGACAUUACACAUUGUUUUGUUUUAGCUCCUCUUUCAUUCGUCUCUCUUUUGUUCUUUGUGGAAACUAAUGAGUGGGCUGGAGGCUAUUUUAAGGUCAUGAAUGCACUUGGCAGACAAAAUAUGGUUUACAUUUAUAUACAUAUAUAAUAUGAACUCUUCAGUUGCUGCCAUUUAGAAAUUAUAACAGCUACCGUUUACGAUAAA